AUUACACAUACAUUUCAUUACAAACAUCCUCAUAUUUGAAAGAAAGAGAGAGAAAAAUGGGGAAAGAAGUGAAGGUGUUGGGAGCAUGGCCAAGCCCAUUUGUGAUGAGACCAAGAAUCGCACUCCAUUUGAAAUCAAUUGAAUAUGAUUUCAUCGAAGAAACAAUGCAACCAAAAAGUGAGCUUUUGCUUAAAUCAAACCCGGUUCACAAGAAAAUCCCGGUUCUUCUUCACAAUGAUAAGCCGGUUUGUGAGUCCCUCAUUAUUGUUCAAUACAUUGAUGAGGCCUUUUCAUCUGGUCCGUCCAUUCUACCUUCUGAUCCUUACGAUCGUGCCAUCCAACGCUUCUGGGCUGCUUACAUCGAUGACAAGUGGUUCCCAAAUUUACAAGGAGUAGCCAAGGCACAAACUGAUGAAGCAAGAGCAGCAGCAUUAGAGCAAACUAGUGAAGGGUUGUCAUUGCUUGAGGAUGCCUUUGUCAAGUGCAGCAAAGGGGAGCCCUUUUUCAGCGGCGGCAGCAUUGGAUACCUUGACAUUGCCCUAGGGUGCUACUUGGGGUGGUUGCGCGUCUCUGAAAAGAUGAACAACAUUAAGCUGCUCAAUGAGGAGAAGACUCCUAACCUCCUUGCCUGGUCUGAAAGGUUUUCUGCUGCUGAUGCUGUCAAGGAUUUCAUGCCUGAGACUGACAAGCUUAUGGAGUUUGCCAAGAUUAUUAUGGCUAGGUUCAAAGCAGCUGCUUCUAACUAAAAAUUAUAGGCAUGGUUGUUGUAUGAUGGCUUCUAAGAGACUAGUAUUUCAGCUGGUUGAUGAUGAUAUAUGGUGUAACUUAAACCUUUUGUACUUGAAGUUUAUGCUAGUUUAAAUCACUCUUAAAAUAAACGUGCUCUAUGUUCUUCGGAAACCAAAGUGUUCUAUUUCAUCAAUUGUUCUUUAAACUUUGUAGUCUCUUUUAUGAAACCAGAGUAUUCUGUUUCAUCAA